AAAAUAAAAAAAAAAAACCCUAUAACCGGUAAAGGGACUGGUAUGCCUUUUCAGUUUCCAACACAAUGUCCCAAUUAACAAUCCAAUGACUAAAUAAUAAUCCCUUGAACCUCAUCCUUCGAAAACCAGUAAACAGGAACCAGUCUCUUUCAACUUCUUCAUUCUUCACCAACACAAAAAAUGGCAGAAAAGAGAGAAUAUGUGGUAAUGUUCCCCUUCAUGGCACAAGGCCAUAUCAUUCCUUUCCUAGCAUUAGCCAUUCACAUAGAAAAAACAAGAAACUAUAAAAUAACCUUUGUCAACACCCCUCUUAACAUCAAGAAACUAAGAUCAUCCCUGCCUCCAAACUCCUCUAUCCAACUCCUUGAAAUCCCUUUCAAUAGUUGCGAUCACGGCCUCCCUCCAAACACUGAAAAUUGUGAUGUUGUUCCUUACCAAUGUGUCAUUCGACUUCUUGAAGCUUCAGCUUCUCUCGGGACUAUUUUCAAAGAUCUUAUUGAAGAUAUCAUACAACAGCAGGACGGCCAACUCCCGCUUUGCAUAAUUGGAGACAUCUUUUUUGGGUGGAUGGCUGGAAUUGCUCAGGAGCUUGGCGUGUUUCACGCAGUGUUUAGUGGGGCUGGUGGGUUCGGUUUGGCUUGCUAUUACUCCAUCUGGCUAAAUCUUCCUCAUAAGGGAGUAAAGGCAGAUGAUCACUUUUUGCUGCCAGAUUUUCAAGAAGCUUCAAAGAUACAGUUCACCCAGUUGCCUAUAACUAUGUCAAAGGCAGACGGGAAAGAUUCUUGGUCAGUUUUCCAUGGUAAAUAUCUGCCAGAAUGGGCUAACUCUAGUGGGAUUUUGUUCAACACAGUGGAGGAGUUCGAUCAUGUUGGAUUGACGUAUUUUAAGCGAAAGCUAGGUACGCCAGUCUGGCCAGUCGGGCCAAUAUUGUUGUCAAUCGAAAACAGAGCACGUGUUGGCAAAGAGGCUGGAAUCACACCUGAGUUUUGCAAAGCAUGGUUAGAUACAAAGCCUCAAAAUUCAGUGUUAUAUGUCUCUUUUGGAUCUAUGAACACCAUCUCUUCAUCACAGAUGAUGCAGUUAGCCAAAGCCUUGGAGGUAAGCGGCAAGAAUUUUAUUUGGGUUGUCAGGCCUCCCAUAGGGUUUGAAAUAAAUUCAGAAUUCAAAGCCGAGGAAUGGUUGCCUGAAGGAUUUGAAGAGAGAAUUAGAGAGUCAAAGAAAGGGUUGGUAGUGCAUAAAUGGGCACCCCAACUGGAGAUUUUAUCCCACAAAUCUACAUCUGCUUUCUUAAGUCACUGUGGAUGGAAUUCUGUGCUUGAAUCACUCGGUCACGGUGUGCCAUUAAUUGGGUGGGCUAUGGCGGCUGAACAGUUCUUCAAUGUGAAGUUCUUGGUGGAAGACGUAGGGGUUUGUGUGGAGGUGGCUAGAGGAAAAACUUGUGAAGUUAAGCAUGAAGAUAUCGCAGCGAAGAUUGAGCUAGUGAUGAGUGAUUGCGUGAAAGGAAAGGAGAUGAGAAGGAAAGCUUCUAAAGUGGGGGAGAUGAUCAAGAAUGCCAUGAAAGAUGAGAAAGGUUUCAAGGGUUCUUCUGUCAAAGCGAUGGACGAUUUCUUCAACGCAGCGAGGACAAUGAGGGGACAGAAUGAUCAGAAGCAACAAAAGCGGGGGGACUCAAAACUUGAAAGAGUCAAAAAGGGUUUGAUAUGCACAGAGCAGCAAGUUAAAAAUGUUGGAUGAGAACUGGAGCUGAGAAUUAUUAGGUGAUUGUCUUGUCCCUUGAAAAAAUUCAAGGCUGGAAAAACGAGUACUCCCUUGUUUCAAGUUUCAACAUCUCUCUUUUCUUAUUUCAGUAUCAGCUUUCUCCUCUAUAAACAUUUUUUAUCACUGCUUUUUCCUUCUUUAUUUUCCGGUUUGUUUACAUGCUUGUAAAUUUCCUAUUUGGUGAGGCAUGCACUUCCAAUACUACUCAUUUGAACCCCAAAUGAACCUGGUCCAAUAUUUGACGGAUGAAGAGACCUGACAUCUGAACGACUAGGGUGCAUGGAAGAGUGCCAAUAGGGAAUCAACUUUUCUCUGUUCUUGAAACUUAUAUAUGAUCCCCAAGAGUAAUAUCCAAGGAUAGUAGCCAGUUGGUACAAUAUUGACGAAUGAUUUUCUUAUUUUGUUUUUGGUACAUGU